CCCUGUUGGUCUUCUUGAAAAUAGUUUGUGAUCAUAUCCGGGUGAAAGUGCAUUUGUUUGUAUCAUCCUACUAGGCUAGUUUAUUUGAAAACACACAGUAGCUAUGCCUCUAAUAGUGAUGUGUGGUUACCCCUGUAGUGGUAAAACACGGAGGGCAGAAGAGCUGAAGGUGUAUUUUGAACAGAACACUGAACGGAAGGUCCAUAUUGUGGGAGACAGAGCCCUGGGCGUUGACAAAAGCGAUGUUUACGCAGACUCCCAGAAAGAAAAAAACGUCAGAGCAGCUCUGAAAGCUGAGGUAGAGAGGAAAGUAAACAAGGAUGACAUCGUAAUUUUCGACUCAUUAAAUUACAUAAAAGGCUACCGCUAUGAACUGUUCUGUCUCAUCAAACAUGCACAGACACCACACUGCCUGGUAUACUGUUUGACGUCAGAUGAACAGAGCUCAUCAUGGAACACCAACAGAGAUGCUGCUGAGCAAUACACCCAGGACCUCUUUGACGCGUUAGUUCUGCGAUUUGAAGCUCCAGACUCGAGAAACCGAUGGGACAGUCCUCUCUUCACCAUCCUGAAAGAUGACACACUUCCAUAUGAAGCCAUUUCUGAUGCACUUUUCAAAAGAAAAGCACCCCCACCUAACCAGUCUACGCAGAGUCAACCACUGUCAUCUUCGAGUUUCUUGUAUGAGUUGGACAAGAUCACACAAGAUGUGUUAACGGCAAUUUUUAACGCACAGAAGACAAGUGUUCCUGGGGAUCUCAUUUCGGUUCCAGGAGCUACAGAGAAGAUGGAGCUCACCAGGAGCAUCAACAUGGCAGAGCUGCGGAAGUUACGCCGCCAGUUCAUCAGCUAUUCUAAGAUGCACCCAACAGAGAACACAGGACAAAUAUCCAACAUGUUUGUGCAGUAUUUAAAUAAGAGUCUUCACUGAAAUUGUAUGGCAUUGGUUUCUUUAUUUUCUUUGACAAAUAAAUGUAUUUAAAUGUUGUUUAAAUGCAUUAGCCAUUUUACACUCAUUUACAAACAUUUAUGAUCUGAAAGACAAUUUGUCAUCAAAAUAUUUCAGAUAAAGUACCGAUACAUUGUGCAAAAAGAAGAAAUGAUAUUUGACAGAAAUACCCAAAGUCCACUUACCUUGGGUUUCCAAAGCUUUCAGCCAUAACAUAUGACCUUCCUCAGCAAACAUGAGUUAUUCAGGUAUGAAGAGACCAUUGUGUUAAGAAUUUGUUGUCAACAGCAGGUGACAUAAUGAACCUUCAGGCUAAACGUAUGCCUUAGGUUUUUAAAUUACAGUAAAUAACACUUCUCACACCAAAUGAUAACAUGAUUUAUUGGAUCAAAUUGGAUUUAUUUAUUGGAGCAAUAUAUAAUUUAAUUGAAAUCUUGGUGGCUAUAUCAAUGUAUGCAAUCUUCACUGCUUCUUUUCACUGGCUGCCUUCCUCGAGACAGUCUUGUUUUUGUUGGAAUAUUUUUUU